GAGAAGCAACUAAAAUUGUGAAUGCAGUUAGAGGAGCCUGGGAGGCAGAGUGGCUGGACCUCGCCUAAGCUGUGUCUCUGUCUCAUUUCUGACUUUAGGCAAGUUCUUUCAGUGGGAAAAUGGUGCUGGUGAUCAGUUUCAUCCUUGUCACCGCUACUCUGGUAAUGGGCAGGGAAAGCUGGGCUCUUGAGAACUGCCUCCAAGAGCAGGCGCGGCUCAGAGCCCAGGUAUACCUGCUUGAAACCCGGGUCAAACAGCAGCAGGUCAAGAUCACACAGCUUCUGCAUGAAAAUGAAGUCCAGUUCCUUGAUAAAGGAGAGGAAAAUAGUGUCAUUGACCUUGGAGGCAAGAGGCAAUAUGCAGAUUGUUCAGAGAUUUUCAAUGACGGGUAUAAGCAGAGUGGAUUUUACAAAAUCAAACCUCUCCAGAGCCCAGCAGAAUUCUCUGUUUAUUGUGACAUGUCUGAUGGAGGAGGAUGGACUGUGAUUCAGAGACGAUCUGAUGGCAGUGAAAACUUUAACAGAGACUGGAAUGAUUAUGAGAAUGGCUUUGGAAAUUUUGUCCAAAAAAAUGGUGAAUAUUGGCUGGGCAAUAGAAACCUUCACUUAUUGACCACACAAGGAGACUACACGUUAAAAAUCGACCUUGCAGAUUUUGAAAAAAAUAGCCGUUAUGCACAAUAUAAAAAUUUCAAAGUUGGAGAUGAAAAGGCUGCCUAUGAUUUGCAUAUUGGGGACUAUUCUGGAACAGCUGGAGACUCCCUUACAGGGAAUUUUCAUCCUGAGGUGCAAUGGUGGGCCAGUCACCAAAGAAUGAAAUUCAGCACAUGGGACAGAGAUCAUGACAACUAUGAGGGGAACUGUGCGAAAGAAGAUCAGUCUGGCUGGUGGUUUAACAGGUGUCACUCUGCAAACCUGAAUGGUUUAUACCACAUGGGCCCCUACACGGCCAAAACAGACAAUGGGAUAGUCUGGCACACCUGGCAUGGAUGGUGGUAUUCCUUGAAGUCUGUGGUUAUGAAAAUUAGGCCAAAUGAUUUCAUUCCAAAUAUUGUUUAAUUGUCCCUGCUGGGCUUUCAUUUCUGCGGUUCAUCUUGGUUUGAGUGAUUUGAAAAAUAGCAAAUCUGCACAUCCACAUGAUGAUAAUUGUUAUGUGCACUACGUUUCAUUCUUACUUGCCUUUAUUACUUAAUAUACUUUCAGUACAGCAAAUAUGUGAUAUUCACCAAAUAAAUGCAGAUUAUGUUAAUAUUUA